GGGCUUGCAUAUAUAUAAAGGGCACAGAAAAUACAAAUAGCAGUCGAUCGAAGGGGAGUCCGUAACCGAGGAGACUGAGAGGCCAAACCCUAGUGAGAGACAGCACGAAUCCUUCAACUGUAUUGAAACUUUGGUUAAUCUGUAAUGGCUUCAAAGCGAAUUAACAAGGAGUUGAAGGACCUGCAGAAGGACCCUCCCACUUCUUGCAGUGCUGGCCCUGUUGGUGAUGACAUGUUCCACUGGCAAGCAACUAUUAUGGGUCCAAGUGACAGCCCUUUCGCUGGAGGUGUGUUUCUGGUGUCCAUCCACUUCCCACCGGAUUACCCAUUCAAGCCACCCAAGGUUUCCUUCAGAACAAAGGUGUUCCACCCCAACAUUAACAGCAAUGGUAGCAUCUGCCUUGAUAUCCUGAAAGAGCAGUGGAGCCCUGCCCUCACAAUAUCCAAGGUGCUGCUCUCUAUAUGCUCGCUGCUGACGGAUCCAAACCCGGAUGAUCCCUUGGUGCCAGAAAUUGCCCACAUGUACAAGACGGACAGAGCCAAAUAUGAGACUACUGCGCGCUCCUGGACCCAGAAAUAUGCCAUGGGAUGAGAGUUGUCUCUGCCUGGCUUUUAAGAACAUAUUGUGUCAAGUCCUUAGUACAUAAUAAAUAGAAAUAAGGACAAGUGCUCAGAAGAUUAAGAAACUGGUUUGUUCAGUUUUUCUCUUCCUCUCGGUUUUGGGGAAAAGAGUUUGAAUGUGUUCUUGCUUGGACUUAUAUGUGGUAUCCUAUAGGUUAUAAUUAUGCGAAGGCUGAGACUGAUUUUCUUUA